AUGGCUGAGCAUGUUACUGAUACCCCAGUUCGUCGUCCCAUGGACAAGGAUGAAAAAAUGCUAUUUGCUAACCUCAAGGACGAAGCGCCCAUUCCGUCCAAGGAUGGCUUCCUUUACGAGUGGUGGACCGUGUUUUGGAGGUCCUUUGAAGCUGGACCCAAGGGCAGCCAUACGACGCCCUCGCAGCUGAAACUCCAGAGCAUUGAGCACAUGGGGCAGCAUCAGUCGCUACAGGGGCCAGCGGGAAAUUAUCUCGGGAACACAAGGCCAAGUGUACAGUCGCACUUGCCGAGCCAUACCUCCACGCUCUCUCCAGCGGCGAAUAUUGCUUCGCCCUCUCAUCUCGCUACUUGGCCCGCUGCGAUACAUCAAAUGUAUAAUGCAAUGCCUAAUCUCUCCUCGCAGCCACAGGAGUACACCGGGUAUACCCACUCGCAAGUUCUGUCAACUCCUGGUGGUGACCCGUCCUUCGGGGACGACACCCAGCUUAGGAGUUUCUUGUCCUCCAUCAAUUGGCCCUCCCAGUAA